CUUAGUCAAAUUUAUAUCUGCAGAUGAUUCUCUGGAAACAUAGUAUAAAUUUGUGCCCCUACCUGCACAGUGCUCACAGAAACAAUUCCAAGAGAUCACACAUUACAACUCUUUUCAAAAGAUCACAAAUUAGAGCUUGGAAGUUUCAGAUCAAUAGGAUGGAUGCAAGGUGUGCAAACAUCUGGAGCUCUGCUGAUGCAAGGAGUGAGGAAUCUGAGAUGAUUGAUCAACUAAAGUCCAUGUUCUGGAGCAGCACUGAUGCUGAAAUCAACUUUUAUUCUCCUGACAGUAGUGUAAAUUCUUGUGUCACAACUAGCACAAUGCCUAGCAGCUUGUUUCUUCCUCUGAUGGAUGAUGAGGGAUUUGGCACAGUGCAAUUGAUGGUUAGCACUGGCAUGGAUAUGUGUUCUGAUCAUCAGCAUCAGGUCAUCACUGGGAACAAGAGGAUGUUCCCCAUGGAUGAGCACUUUGAGCAGCAGCAGAAGAAGCCGAAGAAGAAAACCCGAACUUCUCGCUCGGUAGGUCAAUUUGGCAUGAGAAUUUUGGUUCAUGCUUAAACUGUUGUAAUGACUAAAAUUCAUUUUAUUUUAGGUAUCAAGUAGUUCAACCAUUACUGACUAUGAGACUAGCUCUGAACUUGUCAAUCCUAGCUGUUCCUCCGGGAGCAGCGUCGGAGAGGAUUCAAUUGCUGCAACUGAUGGAUCUGUAGUGCUGAAACAAAGUGACAAUUCAAGAGGCCAUAAGCAGUGCUCCAAGGA